GAAAUAUCAAUUAAUUCUCGCUGAACUAGCUCGGCGAUCAGAAAAAACGAAUGCGACCAAGAAUGUGCUGAAUGGCCACAUGGGAUGUCUUUCAUCGUCCACUUUCCCAGCGAUGGCCAAAGCAUGGAGAGUCACAUCCACGAGGACGAGUCAUCGGAGUACACUUUCUUUUCCUUCCUACCCUGACCGCUGGCGAGUACCUUGCCUGUCAUAUCCGGCAGCUUGCCAAAGAGGUUCUUGGAGACAUCAGCUGCGUGGUAUCCACUGUUGCUUUGAUACAGUCAAUAUCGCUGUUCACGAUGAUGUCGUUCACUAGAGAGAAAAACAAUGAAUGGUAUGACCCUGCGGACGAUUGA